UUUAAGAUAUUGGAGCUCCCAUCAUAUUUCAAAUCUGUGUGGUUAUUAUCGAUGGAUUUGGUGUUGCUUUCAUCAUAGAUGAUUAUAUAAUCAAUGAGAAAUCUUGGAAUAUGCUUUAACUUCGAUAAUUGGGCACCUAUCCGGAGAUGGACACUGAUGGGAGGAGGGCCAAUGGACUCAAAUAUGAGUGCUUGCUUUUUGAUAUGGAUGAUACUUUAUACCCUAUGAGCUCAGGUCUCAACUUGGCUUGCCGCAAGAACAUAGAAGAGUUCAUGUUGCAUCACUUGCAUAUUGAAGAAAGUGAAGUACCAAGGAUGUGCCUUGAAUUGUAUAGAGAAUAUGGAACGACUAUGGCUGGUCUGAAGGCUCUUGGUUACGAAUUUGAUGAUGAUGAGUUCCAUGCUUUUGCUCAUGGAAGAUUACCUUAUGAAAAACUGAAGCCUGAUGCUGUAUUAAGGAACCUUCUACUUUCCAUGCCUCAGAGGAAAAUAAUAUUCACUAAUGCUGACGAGGCGCAUGCAGCUGAAGUUCUGAAAAGGUUGGGAUUGGAAGAUUGUUUUGAAGGAGUCAUAUGCUUUGAAACCCUUAAUCCUCCUACUGAAACUGCUAAUUACACGGAUGCAUUAGAUAAUGAUGCAGUCCUUGCAGGAGGUGAAGCAGAGCAUAAAACACUUGAUGAUGCUAAAAAAGAAAGUUCCCACUCCAAGCCACGAAUCCUCUGUAAACCCUCUUUAGAGGCCAUUGAAGCAGCUAUCCGAAUCGCAAAUGUUGACCCCAAGAAAACGAUCUUCUUUGAUGACAGUGCUAGAAACAUUGCAAGUGGGAAAGCAGCAGGACUUCAUACAGUCAUUGUAGGGAAGUCAGUCCCAGUGCCAGGCGCAGACUAUGCUUUGAGUAGCAUCCACAAUAUCAAAGAAGCAAUACCCGAAAUAUGGGAGGGUGAAGGAGAACAGCAAGAGCAGGUUAUCCAGCCCAGUGCUGUUGAAACAGUGGUCCUCGCUUAGGUUUCUCUUCAGUUCACACAUACAAAAAUCCUGGUAUCAAGCGGACUGUAUGGUAAAGGCUAAAAGAGUGGGAAAAUAGUAGAUGAUGCUUAAUUCAAAACCACCAUGCAGAUUUCAUAAUAAAACCUUAUCAGAGGAGUUAAAAGAUCAUUGUAUUUGACAUGUUCAUGCAAAAAGCCAAACUCAUAGUUGGUGGCACUACCGCACUAAAGAAAAGGAAAAUAUGGUUACAAUUAAUCUAACAAGGCUCUGUUCAGUUGAGAGUGUAA